GGUCGACAAAACAAAACAAAAACUCUCUCUCUCAAAACCGAAAAAUCAAUCCGAAAAAAAUCAAAAUCAUUCUCUCCAAAUCGAUCGAUCUUCUCUCAUUUUUCACUGAUUUUGGUUACUUUUGGUGUUUAAAAAGGAAUUUGAAUGACUACUACUGCAACAAAAUUAUGACUGAAGAAAUUAUUAAGAUGAAUUGUUAUAAGAAAGGGUAUAAUGUGUGGAUUGAAGAUAAAGAAUCAGCAUGGGUUACUGCACAAGUUGUUGAUGUGAAUGGGAAACAAAUUCAUGUUAAGACUUCAAAUGGAAAGAAGGUUAUGGUAUCUUCGGAUAAAUUGUAUCCGAGGGAUCCAGAUGCUGAUCAUGGAGGAGUUGAUGAUAUGACCAAAUUAACUUAUUUAAAUGAGCCUGGAGUGUUGUACAAUCUUGCCAGGAGAUAUGCAUUGAAUGAUAUUUAUACGUAUACAGGAAGCAUCUUGAUUGCCGUUAACCCAUUUACAAAGCUUCCUCAUCUGUAUAAUGCACACAUGAUGGAGCAGUAUAAAGGAGCUUCUUUUGGCGAGCUAAGUCCUCAUGUGUUUGCAGUAGCUGAUGCAUCAUACAGAGCAAUGAUGAAUGAGGCUCGCAGUCAGUCCAUUUUAGUCAGUGGUGAAAGUGGGGCGGGCAAGACAGAGACAACAAAACUGAUUAUGCAGUACCUUACUUUUGUUGGUGGAAGGGCAGCUGGUGAUGAUCGAACUGUCGAGCAGCAAGUUCUUGAAUCGAAUCCGCUUUUGGAGGCAUUUGGCAAUGCAAGGACUGUCAGAAAUGACAACUCAAGUCGUUUCGGAAAAUUUGUUGAGAUUCAGUUCGAUGCAAAUGGUAGGAUAUCUGGGGCUGCAAUCAGAACCUACCUUUUGGAACGGUCGCGUGUGGUGCAGAUAACUGAUCCAGAGCGAAAUUAUCAUGUCUUCUAUCAGUUAUGUGCCUCUGGGAAGGAUGCAGAGAAGUUCAAGUUAAGCGAUCCAAGUUACUUUCACUACUUAAAUCAAAGUAAAACCUAUGAUUUAGAUGGAGUAAGUAGUGCAGAGGAAUACGUGAGGACAAAGAGAGCAAUGGAUAUAGUUGGUAUUAGUGUUGAUGAGCAGGAAGCUAUAUUUCGCACCCUGGCAGCUAUUCUGCAUCUUGGCAAUGUUGAAUUUUCUCCUGGUAAAGAGCACGAUUCUUCUGUUAUUAAGGAUCAGACAUCUAGCUUUCAUCUUCAAAUGGCUGCUAGUUUAUUCAUGUGCGAUACAAAACUUUUGCUUUCAACACUCUGCACACGUUCUAUUCAGACUCGAGAAGGAAGUAUUGUGAAAGCUCUCGACUGUAAUGCUGCUGUAGCCAGCCGGGAUACAUUAGCGAAGACUGUGUAUUCUCGCUUGUUCGACUGGCUGGUUGAAAAGAUCAACAGGUCUGUUGGCCAGGACCCAGAUUCAAAGAUACAAAUUGGAGUCUUGGAUAUUUAUGGCUUUGAGUGUUUCAAGAAUAACAGCUUUGAGCAGUUCUGCAUUAAUUUUGCCAACGAAAAGCUUCAGCAACAUUUCAAUGAGCAUGUGUUUAAGAUGGAGCAGGAAGAGUACAGCAAGGAAAAAAUUAAUUGGAGCUACAUUGAGUUCAUUGACAACCAAGAUGUCUUGGACUUGAUUGAAAAGAAACCGAUUGGAAUCAUUGCUCUCUUGGAUGAAGCUUGCAUGUUUCCAAAAUCAACAAAUGCAACAUUUGCAACAAAGCUAUUCCAGAAUUUCCGCGCCCAUCCUAGGUUGGAAAGAACCAAAUUCUCUGAAACAGGAUUUGCACUCUCUCAUUAUGCUGGGAAGGUUACAUAUCAAACGGAUUCUUUCUUAGAUAAAAACAGAGAUUAUGUAGUGAUGGAGCACUGCAAUCUCUUGUCAUCUUCUAAGUGCUUUUUUGUUGCUGGCCUUUUUGCUUCGUCGCCAGAGGAACCUUCAAGGUCAUCAUACAAGUUCUCUUCCGUGUCCUCCAGGUUUAAGCAACAACUUCAAGCACUAAUGGAAACCCUGAACACAACAGAACCUCAUUACAUUCGCUGUGUGAAACCCAACUCUUUGAAUCGACCUCAAAGGUUUGAGAAUCUGAGUGUCUUGCAUCAGCUACGAUGUGGGGGUGUUCUAGAGGCUGUUCGUAUCAGUCUUGCAGGUUAUCCUACACGUAGGACUUACUCUGAGUUUGUUGAUCGCUUUGGUCUCUUAGCUCUGGAACUUAUGGACGGAAGUUAUGAUGAAAAAGCUUUGACGGAGAGGAUUUUGCACAAGUUAAAACUUGAAAAUUUUCAGUUGGGCAAGAAAAAAGCUUUUCUUAGGGCGGGGCAAAUCGCUGUUCUGGAUUCCAGACGAGCUGAAGUUUUGGACAGGGCCGCAAAGAUCAUUCAAAGUCGAUUUCGAACAUUUAUUGCAUGCAGAAAAUUUAUCGCUACUCGGGCAGCUGCAGUUGUGCUGCAAUCAUAUUGCAGAGGGUGUCUUGCUCGAGAAAUGUUUGCAGAUAGAAGAGAAGCUGCAGCAGCUGUGUUGAUUCAAAAAUAUACCCGCAGAUGGCUACUUCGGCGUGCAUAUGUGCAACUAUACUCAUCUGUUCUUUGUAUACAGUCCAGCAUUAGAGGUUUCUCUACGCGCCAAAAGUACUUGCACCAGAAGGAACAUAAAGCUGCUACGCAGAUACAGACCUGCUGGAGGAUGUACAGGGUGCGGUUAGCUUUCCAGAAUAAGCAGCGGUCAAUAGUAGCCAUUCAAUGUCUUUGGAGGCAGAAACUGGCCAAAAGAGAGCUUCGAAGGCUCAAGAAGGAAGCAAAUGAAGCUGGUGCUUUACGCUUGGCAAAGAAUAAACUUGAAGUACAGUUGGAGGAUCUUACAUGGCGGUUGCAACUAGAGAAAAGAUUACGGGUGUCUAAUGAUGAGACGAAGCAAGUGGAAAUAUCAAAGCUUCAGAAAACUGUAGAGUCGUUGAACUCGGAGUUAGACGCAGCCAAGUCAACAAUAAUGAGCGAGUGCAACAACAAUAUGUUGCUUAAAAGUCAGUUGGAAUUAACAAAUAAAGAGAAAUCUGAAUUGGAAAGUAGACUUAAUGGAAUGGUAGAACUAAACAAGGAGAAUGUAGUUCUGAAGGAUUCACUGGUGUCUUUGGAAAAGGAAAAUUCAGCAAUGGAAGUUGAGCUUGUGAAGUCUCAAAAAGAAUUGAAGGAUACCAUGGAGAAGUUGUGCGGCGUGGAAGAAGCACAUGUACAACUACAGCAGACAUUGCAAAGUUUGGAGGCAAAGCUCUUGACCUUAGAAGAUGACAAUCUUGUUCUUAGACAAAAAGCAAUAACCACCCCACCUAAGAGCAACCAUCCUGGAUAUGCAAAGCCACUGACUGAGAUGAAUCAGAAGUACUCCACUGUGCCAUAUCUUUCCAGUAAUGACCAGAAGUCUGUAUAUGAGACACCAACGCCGACAAAAAUGAUUGUUCCUUUUCCCAACAGCUUGACAGAUUCACGUAGGUCAAGGAGGACUGUGGAGAAGCAGCAGGAGAACCAUGAAUUUCUCACAAGAUGCAUCAAAGAAGAUUUGGGAUUUCAUGAUAGUAAACCCUUGGCUGCUUGCAUCAUAUACAAGUCUCUUCUUAACUGGCGUGCCUUCGAGUCAGAAAGAACGGCGAUUUUUGACCAUAUAAUAGAUGGAAUAAAUACUGCUGUUAAGGUUGGAGAUGACAAGAACUCGGUCUUACCAUAUUGGUUGUCCAAUGCCUCAACCCUCCUGUGCCUACUGCAAAGGAACCUGCGUACUGGUGGUUUCCUGUCAACUCCUUCUCAGCGUGGAUUAACUGGGAGGAUAGCACAAGGGAUAAAAUCUUCUUUUAGAUAUGCUGGGUCAGACGAGAACACAUCAAUUGAAGCCAGGUAUCCAGCUGUACUUUUCAAGCAGCAAUUAGCUGCUUGUGUAGAGAAGAUUUUUGGCAUGAUCCGAGAUCUUUCAAAGAAAGAGAUAGGGCCGCUUCUAAGUCUUUGCAUCCAGGCACCAAAAGCUGUGCGAGGAAAUGCUGUGAAAUCAUCUAAGUCGCCUGGGAGUGGUUCUAAGCAGUCACCCAACAACUGGGAAAGUAUUAUAAAAUACUUGGAUUCAUUGAUGAUCCGCUUACGUGAAAAUCAUGUUCCUUCAUUUUUUAUUCGCAAGCUCAUUACUCAAGUAUUUUCGUUCGUCAAUAUACAACUGUUCAAUAGUCUUUUGUUGCGUCGUGAGUGUUGUACGUUUUCCAACGGGGAAUACGUGAAAUCUGGUUUAGCUGAACUGGAAAGAUGGAUAAUGAAUGUUACACACGAGUUUGCAGGAAAUUCUUGGCAUGAGCUGAACAUUAUCAGACAAGCUGUUGGGUUUCUGGUUAUACAUCAAAAGGGUAAAAAGUCUCUCGAGGACAUUAAGCAAGAUCUUUGUCCGGCAUUGACCGUAAAGCAAAUAUACCGAAUAUGUACAAUGUACUGGGACGAUAAGUACGGCACUCAGAGUGUAUCGACUGAGGUCGUUACACAGAUGAGAGAUAUUGUAAACAAGGAGUCGGAGAAUAUGAGUUCAAAUUCAUUCUUGUUGGAUGAUGAUUUGAGCAUUCCAUUCCUAACGGAUGAUAUAUCAAAAGCGAUACCUGUGAUAGAUCCGGCAGAUGUUGAACCCCCUCCAUUCUACCAGGAAUAUACUUGUGCUCGGUUACUCCUCACACCUGGAGUAAAUUAAGCAAGCUGCUCUUCUGACUUAGAAAAGCUACUUGGGUUUCCAAUCCAUCUCUGGGCAGAACAAGUUUGAGACGUUGAAAAAUAUGAUAAAUUUCUCUCAAACCCUGAGAGAGGGUAAGAUGAGUUGUGAGCAAUGGUCUGAUGGAUGGCGAAGCCACUGAGAAUCACAACUUUGUGAUCAAACACUUGUAUAAAGUAGGAAUCGGAACAGUAGGAUUCUCAAUUUAGGAUUAGCUAAUUGGGUCCUGUGUAGCAUGCCCUUCAUCUUUCUCUUAUUCUCUAGUUGUAGGUGUAGAAUAUAGGCAGUGUAGUAAAUCAGAAUGUAGGUCUUUUUAAGCAGGUUAUUUCAUCGUGAUCUUCCAUGUUGAUCGACCUUAUUUUGUCACGGCUUUCAUGCGAAGGAUUGAUCCCUUAGCCUAUUUUUAUUAAAUUAAACUAUUAGUUCAUUACAUUCAGAGCGAUUAGAAGUAACAUUUAUGUUGUACUUGAAGAACUAUUUAUUAAUGUAAAGUAAUUAUAGUCUUUUAUA